AUGAAGUCUACAUUCGGACUUCCAGCUCAAGAAUGCGAUGGCACCAUUGUAAUAUGUAGUGCUACUAAUGUUAUUGGACUGUCAUUGACCAAUGGAGCUAGUUGGGUCGAUCUUGAUGUGUCCCCAUUCACCAAAUUGUCAACAUUGAGUCUAAAUGGAGAAAUCAAACUGGCUGCACAGUUCUGGACCACUCCACUUGCCUCAUUUACAAGCUUAAUAUGUAGCGACAACUGUCUCAAGGACUUGACAAACAUUGAUGGCACCAAUUUCCCAGCACUUACUACACUAUCACUUGGUGUUGUGUCCAAUGCCACAAUAGAUAGCAACAUCUUUUCCACUCCACUUAGCAACUUUGCCAUUGUCUCUGCUUCCAGCCCAUUUGUAUUGCCAGCUGUGACAUCUUCAAACUCCUACCUCAAGAGCCUUGCCGUCUCAAUGACAGCCUCAUCCAUUCCAGAUUCAUACACUUCCAUGUUCACCAAGCUCCAGACUCUGACUAUAUACUCGACCAAUGUAUUCCCAUUCGACAGCUUUGAUAAGUUUACCUCCAACUACAAGAACACUGUCUUGACUAUCCAAUCUGGUCCAAACACCGCUGUUGUAGCAAUUCCAUCAUCACUUCUCAAGUCCACCAUCUCAAAGCUUGUUAUCAAGGGAGAUGUGUUCUCAGCCUCAUCAACAUUGGACUUCUCAAAGUCAAGCAUUACCUCAUUGUUCAUGGUAUCAUGUACAACCCUGUUCUCUGGACUCGUCUAUCCAGGUAUCAAGUACUCUCCAAACAUGAACCUGAAGCUUAGAAUGAUUAGUGCAGCCCAGUUUGCCAAGAUUGACAUAACUGGAUUGACAUCAUUGGAUGUAUCUGAGAAUGAGUUCUCAUCCACCUUUGAUCAACUCAAUGUAACAGCCAGCGAGUUGGCCAACAUUGGUACAAUCAACAUGGACAACUGUAAUAUCAGUGGAAGCCUUCCACAAUACUUGUGCCAGGUCAAGCCAAUGACUCGUUUGAUCUUGACAAACAACAAGUUGUCUGGUAACUUGCCAACAUGCUUCUUGUGCGAGAUUGAGUAUUAUGGAUAUGGCUUUGAGGGCAAUAACUUCGACAACUUUGCUGGACAGUCACCAAAUUUGGUUGGAGUGCCACAAUCAGUUUGCCCAACACUUGUGAUCAAUGCCCAGGUCAUCUCGUCCCCAACCACUGGCGGCUUCAUCACGGUCACUGGAUUCGACUUGGGCUGGGAGGUCCAGGCCGCCUCGGUCGCCUCACCCGACGCCGAGAUCGUUGUGCCCAACCUCUCAUUCAGAUUCCCCGUGGAGGCUGGCAUUGGCCAGGGCUUUGUCUACGUGUACACCUUCCACCAGAGCAUGAAUCGCACUAUCCAGUGGUCCUACCAGGCACCCAUCAUCACAGCCUUCUCGCGUGUCGAUAGCGGCGUCUUUGGCUAUAUCACUGGCAGCAACUUUGGCACUGCCCUCAAGAACGUCACGCUGUUGGUCAAUGGUGUCGCUGUCAAGGUUGCCAAUGUCGAAGAGACAAGGAUUGUGCUUGGUGCCGAGUCAUUCCCCACCCAGGACACUAUCUACAAUGUCACCGUCAUUGUUGGUGGCCAAUCAACUUCAGCCAAUAUCACUGUUGGCAACCCAUCGACAACUGGCACUACCUCUACCACGUCGACUUCAACAACAUCCACCACGACUGCCUCCACAUCUACAACGACAGUGUCCCCGACCUCCACAACUACCAUAUCAACCACAACAGGACCAAGCAGUGGAUCCAUCAUCUCCACAAACAUCCUCUCCAUCCUAGUAUGCUCUAUCCUGCUACUUCUGUUGUCCUAG